GGUGGAUUCCCCGCAUCCGUAUCGAGGUUGGCGUGUUUCCGGUGGCGGUCUGGGAAAGAGGGGGAAUGAUGGAGGGGAGAACGGCGGCGCGGCGGCGGCCGGUGCCUAGAAGGGAGCCGAAAGAGAUUCUGGCUGUUAAGAUAAACGAUGACUUAAUCUGAACAAGAAGAGAGAGAAAAAUGGGCCAUGGUGAGAGUUCAAUUCAGAAGAGGAACGCAACGUCAGCAUUGUCUUGCUGCUAUUCAGGAAGAAAUUCUGCUGCAGAAGCGUUUUGGCAUCGGUGAUGAGAAAUGGGGUAUGAUGUAGCACGUUUUCAAGGGGAUGUUGAUGAAGAUCUUAUUUGCCCCAUCUGCAGUGGGGUUUUGGAGGAGCCAGUGCAGGUUCUCACUACGACAAGCAGAAUGAACGGAUGUUUUCAUAUGCCCUUGAUAGCUUGGUUACAUUAAUUGAUCGAUGGAUGUUCUGUCCUGCAGUAUUUCCAAUUCUGUUAGUGAAAAGCAUUCAGUGAAAAGAAACUGCAUGGAAAACUAAGAGCCCACGUCAACUUGAGCAGCAAACUUGAUGUAAUCUAAAUUGGCAUGCUUGGUUCUGUUCUCUACACAGGCGCCUCAUUGCGAGCACGCUUUUUGCAAUGCCUGUAUCACCCAGUGGUUCUCCCAACAGCAGACGUGUCCCGUCGACCGAAGCGUUGUGACUGUGGCUCACCUGCGCCCUGUUCCACGGAUCAUGCGUAAUAUGCUAUCUAAGCUGCAAAUCACGUGUGACAACGCUGUUUUUGGUUGCACCGCUGUAGUGCGGCUUGACAACCUGAUGUCUCACCUCAAUGACUGCGAACACAAUCCAAAGCGGCCUGUGACCUGCGAGCAGGGAUGCGGCUUGGAAAUGCCCAAAGACGAAUUGCCGAAUCAUAACUGUAUAAAACAUUUACGGUCAGUAGUGCAGCAGCAACAGACAAGAAUAGCUGAAUUGGAAAAGACGUCUGCAGAACAUAAGCAUCAAUUAGCAGAGCAGAAACGGGACAUACAGUUGUUAAAAGCAUACAUGCGAGCAAUACGUAGUGUCAAUCCCAACCUGCAGAAUUUGGAGGAGACUAUUGAAUAUAAUGAAAUCCUUGAGUGGGUGAAUUCCUUGCAGCCAGCCCGGGUAACCCGAUGGGGUGGUAUGAUCUCUACACCAGACGCUGUACUCCAAGCUGUGAUCAAGCGUUCCUUGGUGGAAAGCGGCUGCCCCACAUCCAUCAUCAAUGAAUUGAUUGAAAAUGCCCAUGAACGGAACUGGCCCCAAGGCUUGGCCACCCUAGAAACUCGCCAGAUGAACCGACGCUAUUAUGAAAACUAUGUGGCCAAACGCAUCCCAGGCAAACAAGCUGUGGUUGUGAUGGCUUGUGAGAAUCAGCACAUGGGAGAGGAAAUGGUGCUAGAGCCAGGCCUGGUGAUGAUAUUUGCACAUGGAGUGGAGGAAAUUUAAAGACUCGACAGAGAUGAUAAAACAGCGUGCUUGAGAGAGAGAGAGGGAGAGAGAGAGAGGCUCCAACUCUAAGACCACUGAUUCUGUUCUGUGGUACUGUAUCGGAGCAUCAUUCCUCUCGUUGUUGAAUAAAAUGCUACUCCCGAAUUAUACUGGGCACAAGCCUAGGAAUUUAUGCAAAAUGCCAUGCUGCGCUCCCUUCUCCUUAUGGUCAUUAACCCUGGUCUGAUGUUGACAAAGAUUUCCAAAUCUCUACAAAGGAGCACAACAAAUUCCUCCCUGUUCCAGAAAGAACUGUGGUCUUCGGUCAUAUAAAGACUUUGAACUCCUGAUAUGACUGCAUUGGCCUGAAUAGGGAUCUGUAAACCAUGUUCCUGUUUGGGAUCUGUAAACCAUGACUUAAGAUUUUGAGAAGCUGAAAGUUUAUUCUGAAGAAUUUUAGCCCACCAUUUCCAGGUCCGUUUGGCUUCUCUCGUCUAAGGCACCUCUGUGAAAUAACGGGAUUUACACAGUACUUUUAAGAUAAGUUUUUAGCUUUUAUGUGAAGAGGGAUUUUGAGUAAAACAUGAGAAUGCAGAUGCCAAGUCGGAGUUGUAAGUAAUGCCAAAUGUAUACAUCAGUAGAUUCUUCAGUGUAAACUGUUUUGUGGAACCAAACAGCUAUGUCAUUUGGAGAACAAUUUGCAACUCAUUUUGGAUGUGUUUACAUUGUAGAAGAAGGCUCCUUUCCUAUUGUGACUUGGUUUUCAAAGGAAGUCACAUUCUUUAGCUUUGUAGCAUUGUUACCACCACUGCAGGAUGAAAAGUGAUUCUCUUGAAGUCUAGAGCUCAGUUUUCUCCAUGCUCUUGAAAGGUUGCUGAAGCAUCUUGGAUGCUUUGUGGACUUCUCCUUUCGAAUAAGAAGCAAGCCUUCAAUCGUACACAUCACUCCACCCGAUCAGAAAUGGUCCCUCUAAAUUGCAUGUGCCAUUUAAAGUUGUAUCAACUUCAUAACCUUUUGAAGAAAACAUAAAAAGGAGAAUGGACUCAGAUUUAUCUAGUCUUGUUACGUUGCCUAUUUUGAAAAAUCAUUAUCUGUAUUUAUUUUCUUUUUUCACAUUUUGAAUAUUGUGUUUAGUCUUUUGUAUUAUUUUUGUGCUUGUAUGUUUUCCUUUUAUUUUUUAUUUUUAAAAAUACAGUAGCUAGGAAUGUCUUCAAAUUUACCUAGUUUUACCUGUCAAAUUUAAUUUAUUUGCCAUCUUUGGUUUCUGUUUAUAUAUAUAUAUAUAGGAACUUCUUUCCAAUGCUUUAAGUAUUUGUUAAUUGCUUAAAACAUUUCUGCUGGAGUUCUUGAGGACAAGGAAUAAAUGCAUUGAUAAAGGAGCAGUUAAACUUGCUCUGAUUGAAGUCUUUUGUUAUACAGCCCAUUUUGAGCGGCUUUCAUAUGUUACACUGGCUAAAUAUUCUUCUCUGACUAGGAACAUUUAAACCAGUCUUGACUUUCUUCUUCUAGUGCUUCAUACAGAUUUUCUUAAUACUCUGGUAUCAGAGGUUUGCAAUGGUGCAGAAUUCGGAUCAUGUCAUAUAAACGGUUGCUUCUUCAGAUGUCUGGGAUUUUUUAAAAAAUGCUCCAGAAAUCCUCAGUGGGAACAAAGGCUUGAGAAGACCUCCUUGUGCUCUCACCAGAAGCGGCAUGGGAAAUUUUCUCAUUAUGUGCAAUAGUAAGCGGCCGAAUAUUAAAUGAUGGAGAAUCCAUGUUAUAGCAAUACGGUUCUCAUUCCUGUCUGUUACUGGCAAACUCGUCUUCUAUGGAAGAGAAGAGAGAGGGGACUCUGGAGGAAAAUACAGUAGUUCCAAUUUCUAACAGAAUUACCUAACAAAAGCAACUCCUUUCCUUCCAUCAUUUGUACAAAUAAAGAUUGUGAAUCCUCAACAUUUGCCAGGCAGAUGCUGUUUCAGAUUUUCUUUUAUGGGAAAUGCCUGUGCUUUGAAGACUCAGUUUGGUGGCCUUUACUUCUUUGCAAAUCUGACGGAUAGGUUUUGCAUCAUUUUUCAGCUCUGCUGGGUCCUCAUUUCCCGCAAUCUUUCAUUUUAAUCUUUGCUGACAUGCUGCUUUAUGCUUUUCCUCUCUCUUCCCCGUCCACACCCCUUUUGAUGGUAGAGUUUUGUUUUAGAAACCAAGUCUGUCUCUGAUAACUGUUUCUAGUGCUGUGAAUUAUUACAAGUAUCUUAAAAAUUCCUUGAACAGUACUUCUCUUUGUAAGUCAUGUUAAAAUACUUGGAAUGUGCAUCAAAAAUCAGGUCAGUUUUAGGGGUGGAAUGGGUUGUGUUCAUGUCUGUAAUAUGGCAUGUUUUGAAAGGGGAUCUAUUUGUUGAAGAUUACUUCUAAUCAAGAGUCCCUGUUGCUCAGGAAUUUGAAAAAAAAAAAGCUGCUAAAUCCAACCUAAUAACUGCAUCUUGAGCUAACUGCAUCUCUUAAUGUUGUUCUCCUAACACACCUUGUCUUUCUCCUCAAUGUCCUGCUGUCGCUCUUCCUUGUGCUCUAAAACAUCCAAUAGAAAUUGUCAUGUCUUCUGCCAGUUUCCAAAUCAUUGGUUGCAUUUUGUGUUUUAUUGUUCAAUUGUGCUGACUGCACUAAUAAAUUGCUUUUUUUC